UCGGAAGAUCCAGAUCCGGAACAUUCCCCCUCAUCUACAGUGGGAGGUUUUGGACGGCCUUCUAGCUCAACAUGGUACUGUAGAAAACGUGGAACAAGUGAACACUGAUACAGAAACAGCAGUGGUGAAUGUUACAUACGCAACCAAGGAGGAAGCUAGAGAAGCCUUUGAGAAGUUGACAGGACACCAGUACGAAGACUACUCCUUCAACGUGUCAUAUAUCAUGGACAUGGAUGCUGCUCCACCCGUCCAGGCUCCCCGUACGCGGCGCGGGGGUCGGUCUUCCCGGGACCAGGGCGCCUGUCAGCCCGGGCCGUCAGGAGGCUUCGGUUCUCCGCGCCCCAGACAAUACGACUUCCCCCUACGUAUCCUCGUGCCUACUCAGUUCGUGGGAGCCAUCAUCGGCAAGGAAGGCCUCACCAUCAAGAAUGUCACCAAACAGACGCAGUCCAAGGUGGACAUUCAUCGUAAGGAAAAUGCAGGUGCAGCAGAAAAACCCAUCACCAUCCACUCAACACCCGAGGGCUGCUCCUCCGCCUGUCGCAUGAUCCUGGAAAUCAUGCACAAGGAGGCCAACGAGACCAAGACGACGGAAGACAUCCCUCUGAAAAUCCUUGCCAGCAACAACCUGAUUGGUCGGCUGAUCGGCAAAGACGGCCGCAACCUGAAAAAGAUCGAGGAGGAGACAGGGACCAAGAUAACUAUCUCCUCGUUACAUGACUGCAGCAUUUACAACCCUGAGAGGACCAUCACGGUGCACGGCACCGCGGAGGCGUGUGCUAAAGCCGAGGCGUUGAUCAUGAAGAAACUGAGGGAAGCCCACGAGAACGACUGCGCUGCUAUGAACCAACAGGCCAACCUGAUCCCGGGCUUGAACCUGAACGCUCUGGGCAUCUUCUCCUCCGGUCUGCCGGUGCUGCCCCCUGCUGCUGGACCACGUGGUGCAGUGCCUUCUGUGGCACCAACAGGAUACAACCCUUUCUUAAGUCACUCUUCACAUCUCAGUGGCCUGUACGGGGUUCCUCCAGCGAGUACCAUCCCCCACCAGCACUCACAACAGGCUCCAGAACAGGAGGUUGUCUACCUCUUUAUUCCAACUCAGGCAGUCGGGGCCUUGAUCGGGAAGAAGGGCCAGCACAUCAAACAACUUGCCCACUUUGCCGGAGCUUCCAUCAAGAUCGCCCCGGCUGAGAGCCCAGACGUCACUGAGAGGAUGGUUAUCAUUACUGGAACCCCAGAAGCUCAAUUUAAGGCGCAAGGUCGGAUAUUUGGGAAGCUGAAAGAAGAGAACUUCUUCUCAGCGAAGGAGGAGGUCAAACUGGAGACGCACAUCAAGGUUCCCUCAACUGCAGCAGGCAGGGUCAUCGGCAAAGGUGGCAAGACGGUAAACGAGCUGCAGAACCUUACGAGCGCAGAGGUCAUCGUACCGCGGGACCAAACUCCUGACGAGAAUGACGAGGUCUUUGUGAAAAUCAGUGGGCAUUUCUUUGCCAGCCAGACUGCACAGAGAAAGAUCCGGGAGAUCAUUCAGCAGGUCAAACAGCAGGAACAGAAGCACCAGCAGUGCGCCGCCGUGUCACCGCACCACUCCAAGUGACCAGCGAGGUGGCUCCAGUGGGCACCAGCCAAUGAAUGUAGCCCUCCCAAACGGACAGAGACCUACCCAGACUAAGGCCAAGGCCAAGGGGGACAUGCAGGGCAGACCAGCAGCACCGGGAUCAAAACCAAAGAACUUCGCUAGGGGGGAAACAAGUGAGAGCCAAAGGCUGAGGGCAUUGUGUGCACUGCCAGCCCUGUGAGAGCAGAUAGAGUGGGAGAAACCGUACUGAUACAAUAAAAUAAAACAUAAAAAAAGACCAAAAAAAUAAAUAAAAAAUCAACAAGAAGGGUGGAAAUGGCAGAGAAUUUGGGAACUGUUGUCUUUACAGUUAUAAAAAAAAAACAAAAACAGGAAAUAGUAUGUCGCCCUGCAUAACGUUAUCUCUUUAGUUGGACUAACAUAGGCCUAACAAACAGAUAAAGCAACUCUAUUAACACGAGCGUAUACGAGGCGUUGUGAUUGGUAUUUUGGGUUAGAACGAGAACGAGUGACAAUGGACACCUUCUCUCACAAGCGUUUGAGAUAUUUAGAUUGUGAGAUUAAAUAUCCUUAGCAGUAUUAAUACAGAGUAGAGACGUAUAUUGAUGCACACUGAGAGUACGCGCUGUUAUUUUUCUAUCAGAAUGACAGUACAGCUCGGUGUAGUUUUGAAUAUUUUUUGCUUGUUCCAGAGAUUGAUUGGGCUGCGACAGCCACAAAAGGCGGUUUCCCUUGUUUGCUCCCAUUUUAGGCCACUGAAAUCAAAAAACGAACACCCCUAUAAGUAAAUAUGAUGAAUGGUUCUGAGUCUUUGUAACAAGCCUGUGUGUGUGCCAACGCAAAAGAUAACGUCCCUUUCAAAUGUCUCUCACCAUUCAUACCUGAUGCUACACUUUUUUUUUUAUUAUUAUUAUUGUUUCCUUCUUUUCUGCUAAUUUCUGCUUCACUUUCUCAUCACUCUCUCUCAUCCGGCAUCGUGUUUUUUUUUUUUUUAAGCGAUAAAAAUAUUUGUUGUCAUGAAACACGUUUUUUUCGUAGCCUUUUGAUAACCUUAAACUGACUGCCACUUUUGCUCAAGAGAGGUUAAAUGCAACUGAGGGUUUUUGUUUUUAAACCAGUAAACUGGUGUCACUCUUCCAUGCUGUACAGAAGACGAUGUCUAUAUUCAUGCUUGUUGUCCUGAUAGUAAAAAAAA